UCCUCGCGGUUGCCCGCUGCUGCCGCGAGCAGAGCGACGAAGCAGCUCGCCCAGCCCGGGACGAUCGCAGCGCCGCCCGCUCCGCCUCAACGGAGGAGGCUCCGCCUGGCCAAAAGUACCGCCCAGGCCAAGUGGCGGAGUGCUUCAAGCCCAGCGAACAGUAGAAGGACAGUGCAUCGUUUAGUUGUGUACAGUGGUGUUUGGUUUCACGUCGUGUUGGAUUACUCCUCCGCGAAAGUUCUGCAACUGGCCUAGCUUGUCCUAGCUUGCUAAACCUGGACAUCAGGGAAAGGCCGUUUUUUCGGAGACUAAUUGAUUCCUUAUAUUAACAAUAAGAAUCCCAAGAAAUAAUACCGCAACAAUAUCUGGUACGUACGACAGCUGCAACGACAGCUAUUGAUGAACAACUCAACGACCCAGCAUUGUAAUCUACUUGUGGCCUGUGUACUAUCGGCGAGGUCACCUAUCGCCGCAGUUUCAAAGCUAAUCAGAGAUAGAGACAUACAGUGUUCUGCAGUGAAGAUCUGACAGAAACAGCUUGACGUCCAAGUUAUCGAAUCGAUUGAAGAUCGACGCGAGCAUUGGCUUCAGCGGGCGUAGUUCUGCUGAACCGCUGUCCAGUAUUAUUCAGUGCUCGCGCAUCGACGAUUGAUGUCGACAGCUUGUUUCCAAGUGUCUCUAUGAGGGUAUUCAGUAGAACACAGGAUGUUGCCUCCAUAAAUUUCGGUGCGGUCGACGGCGACGAAACCACCGUUAGCAGCUCACAAUUGUCAGCGUUAUCGGUCCGUUUGGAUGCGCGCAGAAUUCUUCUCACUGAGUCUGCUUAUCUGCCACUGUAUGGAUCUGUAUGUAAAGCCCUAUUCUAUGUACGUGUCCCUCGAAGCCAAAGAAUCGUAACCGUUGCUCGAGUUCUACCUUAACAACAAACCAGUAUAAAGGAGCAGUCGCAACAAAAUCAUUGAUACUAACAGCGUAGACGUAGCUCGAACGGCAGCAAGUGAAGUUGUUUACUUAUAACGUGGGUGUGAGCAUGUGUCGUAACCUGGCAGUCGAUUAAUCGUCUAGCGGGGUCCAAAGCGUCUGGUGAGAAUUUCAUCGAGAAUCCGUGUUAGCUGAAGUAGCCUUAUUGUCCGUACAUCGGUGAUUCGCUCGUUCUGUCUGCCUAUCUGUGUAUACUCGUGCUAGCAGUGACCGUGUAGUGGUUGCUGUGUGUAUGUAUGAUUGUGCUUAUGGUGCGCGCGUUUCGGGGGGUACAGCAACGAGUUUGCUGGGAAGACUAGCAGCCAGCUCUAGAUAGCAGAUCUUGUGCUCGCUCAACAUCGGCCUCGUUCUAUUUCCUUGUUUUCCUCAGUGAUCCUUAUCGGUGCACCCAAUCUCAGAACACAAGUCCUCUCUUUCGCGGGCGGUGGCUUGUUGCCUGCCUGCCUGCCUGCCGGCCGGUCGGUAGGCCGCCGAUCCACGAGGAUCCUGCUGCUGCCAGCAGCCCCGACUCGGUGAGGUGAUUCUAAAGUAAAUCUAACCUAACUUAGCCUAGCCCAGUUAAACGAACAACAACAACCCAGCAACCCUUGGCUAUCGCCGGCUCAGCUGGCCACAGCAUUAGGCGCUGCUAGCUUGACUGUGAUCAUGACCAGUACACCGCCAACGGAUUUAAGCCAGUCGGCAUUGACGGGAAAUCUCACCCUUGCACCGGCGCCAGUCCUGCCAUCGUUCGGCUUUACGCAGGAGCAAGUGGCCUGCGUCUGCGAAGUGCUACAACAGUCCGGUGACGUCGAGAGGCUCGCGCGGUUUCUCUGGUCACUACCAACAUGCGAAAGCCUACAAAAGAACGAGUCGGUAUUGAAGGGCAAGGCGCUCGUCGCGUUUCAUCGGGGCAACUUUAAGGAGCUCUACAAAAUUCUCGAAUCGCAUUCGUUCGCUCCAGCGGCUCAUCCGAAACUUCAGGCGCUUUGGUUGAAAGCGCACUAUAUUGAGGCGGAACGCUUACGCGGACGGCAGCUUGGCGCCGUAGGGAGAUACCGAAUUCGUAGGAAGUUUCCCCUUCCUCGCACUAUCUGGGACGGCGAUGAGACGUCGUACUGCUUUAAGGAAAAGUCCAGAACGACGUUGCGCGAAUGGUACGCGCAUAAUCCGUAUCCAUCGCCUCGCGAAAAACGUGAACUCGCCGAAGCCACCGGCUUAACGACAACGCAAGUGUCGAACUGGUUUAAGAAUCGCCGCCAACGGGAUCGCGCGGCAGAGAGCAAGGACGGCAGGGAGAGUCAGACAGGCGACAAAGGCCCGUCAAAGAGCGGAUCAUCCGGAGGCAUCUCAAACGCUGACGCCGACGACGAUGAAGAAGAGUCCGAUAAUUCGUGCCUAUCACCAGAACCUGCAGGUACCUCUCCGGGCGUCGCUCUUGGAAGUACUUUAGGAGGAUCGUUGGCCAAUCUUAGCCAAAGCGGUCCGGGUGACUUACACAGUGCCGUUAGUGAACUCGUCCAAGGUGUACAAAGCCAAACAGCGCAGGAUACGCUCAAGAUGCUCCAAGGCUUUAGCCAUUACCACCAGGCCCAGACGCAUCAGUACACGAAGCAUUCGAUUCAUCAUUUGUUCGGAGGAUCCUCAAUGGACUCAUUGAAAAGUGCCGUGGCGUCGUUUGCAUCCGCGCCACCUGACGUGAUUACGUCAACAGCGACUCAGCUCGCCGCACAAUCGGCUCAAUUUCCGGGUGCAGCGGCUGGUAUCAGGUUCGACUUCUCCGCCGCUGGCCUCACAGCCGGAUUGGCAGCAGCCGCGGGGGCUACGACCUUACCACCUGACUAUCAUCCCCUACUAUGAUGCCGCUCGCAGAAGGAGGAGCAGCUUCAACUAUCAGUUCGUGUCAAUGUACAUCAACGACAACAUCAACAGAAAGGACACCAGCAACAGUUUCAAUUACAGGAACAAAUGCAGUCUCAAUUUGCGUGUGGGACCAGCUGUAAUGGCCCGGGUUACUCGGCCAAGCCCAUCUGUGCGAUGCAGCUAUAGGAAAACUCAAAUAAGUAUGAUUGGAUUGCAUCAGCAAAAGUGAAGUACGCAUGAUUGGCCAAUGGGGAACGAAUUUUCGGUAUUUGCCACGCACAGCUUGAUCGCAGUCAGGCUCCUAAAGGAGUCCGGAACUCGACGAUGUACGACGUCCUUGUCCAUUGAAGCGUCUAGAAUAAGCCAGUACUGCUUCUUUCACUUUUGCUAUUUAUUUGCUGUCAUUAUCACCUACAGAGUCCCCUCUAGCGGCGGCGGCGGCGGCGGCAGCAGCAGCAGCGGCAGCAGCAGCAGCAGCAGCAGCAGCAGCAGCAGGAACGAGUGCUUUAUCCUUCUGAUGGUGAUAUCAUCUCUUCGUUAUAAAGUUUACAGCGCCUACGGCAUUAUCGGGUAGUAAUGGUUGAUAAGUGGUCGUGCAUUAGAGAGAAUGUCGACAGUGGUGCAGUGGACGAGUGACUCAUUCCAUUGGUAAUGCUACUACUAGAAACGUUCCUUUUCCCGUUGGCAUGCGAACCUGAGACUCGAACGGUAAGGAAAUCCCCUGGUACUGCAAGUGGAGCUAUAGCGAAAUCAAGAGUAUAGCAAAUACGGGCUGUUCGGCGUCAUCGUAUUUUGCCAUGUAUUUAGACGUAUCGAAGUUGGCACAAAGACAAGAUAAAGUCACCCUGGCGAGCUCGCUUGUCCUAUCACGUAGAAUAAAGUAGUUGCUGUCCGAUAUAUUUCCGGCGCCGUGGCGGCACGCCUCGCGCAAGAAAGUAAUGUAGAUCCUAGUCACGCGAACUUCAGAGCUCGCCAUGACCUUGGCAAGAGCUAGAAAGAUCUGACGCCAAGGUUAUGUGAAAACAAAAUAGACAAGUAGCGGAUUGACAGAGAGAGGCUGAGAGAGAGCGAGAGAGAGAGAGCGAGAGAGAGCGAGAGAGAGCGCGGCUGAGAGAGAGAGAGAGAGAGGGAGGCUGAGAGUGUGAGAUGGCUGAUGAGACGAUGAUUGGGCCAGACGAUGAGAUGCCGCAGAUUGCAGAGCUUAUUCAUGGUAACAACAACCUGGUGACAAAAAUACUAGAAGAAACACAGCCAUAGCACCAGAAAUCCCCGGCACAGUAACUGUGUAACCGUUUAGCCAUACAGACGUAGACAUCGGACGGCGAUUUUCAGUGAAAAACAAGAACUAACCGAAAGACGGAUGCCUCGGAUGAUAAAUGAUUUACAGCUCUAGCCAUGUUAAGCCAGCUCUAGGGCGGUCUAGGUGUGUGCAAUAACUGGCCGGUGGGCCAGACAGCAGUCAAAGUUCUCUGGCCAGGCGAUAACAAAAACUUUAUAUGUUUAUUAGAGAAACAGUGUAGAUGUGAGACUAAGUAGACGAUAAAUGAUAAUCAAGUAUUGCGGACAUGACACACGCGGACGUAUUUACACGCAUGCACAGGAAAGACAGUGCCUAUUACGAGGCUGUUUCAGACGAAAAAAAACACUAGAAAAUAAAGGAAAUCAAAUUAUUUAAUUUCCGCCCGAAAACAAAUACCAAAAUUAGUAUGGUUCAAAUCUUCUCGUAUAUAUAAGAGAGGUCAUUGAUUGAAGAAUAAUAAUAACAAUGGGUGUAAUGACGGUAUGAUUAAUAACGAUGAUGAUGAUAUUACUUCAUAGCUAUGACAAUAAUAUAAAUGAAGAUGCAAAUAAACAUAAAACACCUGCAGAUAUUACGCUAAAUAAAAUCAGAAGCGGAAUGAAAAGCAAUAUAAGACGUCACCAAUGACAACAAGUAAUGGCGAAUGCAUCCGGCUUUGGAUCUUCAUCGGUACUAUCAUAUAUGAUGGAAAAAUAACAAUGCCGGCUUAAAUAGUUACCACCAUUCCAGACGAAGUCAGGAGGAACAAUAAUAAUUAUUAUAUAUUAACACUAAUAAUGAUAGUGUAAAUAUGAUA